CCCUAUCCCCGCCCACGGGCCGCCUCUCCGCCGCCUCAGCCCAGUUCCGCCUCGGAAGCGAAGGCCGCCCUCCAGCCCAUCUUCCCUCCGCCGUUUCGCCUCUGGGACAUGGGCCUGGGCCGGGUCGAAGGGAGGAGGGAGAGGUGGUGGCGACGGCUGCUGCUGCUGCUGCGAGACCCCCGAAGCUCAGGAAACAACCAGGGUUGCUGAGUAAUUCAAAGACCUAUAACAUCCCUUUGAAGCCUUUAGCAUCCUCCUGAGGAGACAUAUCUAUAUACUAACAUGCCUGCUGUGGCAUCUGUACCUAAAGACCUAUACCUCUGCACUUCAUUGAAAGAUCUUAACAAAAAGACAGAAGUAAAAGCUGAUAAAACAAGUACUAAGAGUUAUGUACAGAGUGCCCUCAAGAUCUUCAAAGCAGCUGAGGAGUGCCGUUUGGACAGAGAUGAAGAGAAGGCCUAUGUACUUUACAUGAAGUAUGUGACUGUGUAUAAUCUCAUUAAGAAGAGGACAGAUUUCAAACAGCAACAAGAUUACUUUCAUUCAAUGCUUGGACCUACAAACAUAAAAAAGGCUAUUGAAGAAGCUGAAAGACUUUCAGAAAGCCUUAAACUCAGAUAUGAAGAAGCCGAAGUGCGGAAGAAACUGGAAGAAAAGGAAAGGCAAGAGGAGCAACAGUUGAAAAAGCAGGAAUUGAAAGAUGAUGCAAAAGUUUUAGCCAAAACCUCUUCAGAAGAUUCAUCAGAUCCCAAAGGAAAAAAUCAAAUGAUCAAUGGUGAGAAGAAGAGUUCAACAGAAAUAAAGAACCAGCCUGAAACCGGAACAAUCACAGCAGAGGAAUUGUUUAAAAUGAUGAUGGACAAAAGCAUUAAGUUGAUGAUUAUGGAUGCUCGGUGCUUGAAGGAUUACCAGGAGUCCUGCAUUGCAAACUCUGUCUGUGUUCCAGAAGAAGCUAUCAGUCCUGGAGUCACUGCUAACAGGAUUGAGGCUAAACUCCCAGAUACAUCUAAAGAACCAUGGAAGGAGAGAGGACAAGUUGAUUAUGUUGUUCUUCUUGACUGGUUUAGUUCGGCCAAAGACUUGCAAUUAGGAACACCUCUGCGGAGCCUCAAAGAUGCCCUUUUCAAGUGGGAAAGUAAAGCUGUACUGAAGAAUGAGCCCUUGGUCUUGGAAGGGGGUUAUGAGAACUGGCUCCUUUGCUAUCCCCAGUAUACAACAAAUGCCAAAGUAACUCCACCGCAACAUGACAGGAAUGAAGCCGUUUCUGUCUCUCUGGAUUUUACUUACCCAUCUUUGGAAGAACCAGCUCCACCUCCAGUACCUGUUGUCCAUGUAAAACCUUCUGUGGUGGAAGUUACCGAAAGACCUAAUAUUGCAAAUGAUCAAGAGGAGAGAGUGGACACGUUUCAACCACCAGCUCCUUGUGGAUCAACUGCUACUCCUGCUAAGUCUGAAAACCUACCUGCCAUAGUCCAACCAGUGUCUGCAGUAAAGAUUAUUCCUCAGAUUGAUCGUACAAAAAAGCCUUCAGCAAAAAUACCAGACGCUGAUAACAGGCCAAGAGCUGAAAGCCCAACCAUUGGCAAGCAGCUCAUUUCAAAUGGCAGAGUGGUUCCAGAUCGUUCCACAAAGCCUCCCUUGGAUGCUAAGGCCAGUCUGCGAGAGGAGGAGAAAGGCCACCUACCAGCGGAAAAGGCUUCCCAGUUGGAAAAAAGCAAGCAAGAAAAAGAACUGCAGGAGAAGCAACAGGAAGAACAGAGGGAGAAGCUGAGGCAGGAGAAGCAAGUACAAGAGCAGAGAGCGAGAGAGGAGCAGAGGGAGAAGGAAGGCAAGGAGCACCUCCAGAAAGCAAAAGAUAAAGAGAAGGGAGAAAAAGACCAGCCGUCCAGCAAAGGGGCAGCUGAGAAGCAAGAGGUGGAGAAUGCGCCCAAGGAGCUCACAGACAUGAAAAAAGGAAGCAGAACUGAAAAUGAAUCCCCUGAAGUCAGAAAACCAGACACUGACAAAAUAGUUGUAAGUGAAAAGGACAAGGUUACCUGGACACCAGAAAUGCAGAGGCGCAGAUUUGCAGAGGAGUCCCGGGCGUCCAUGAGGGUGGAUUCUGGCUCGGGCAAGCAGACUGGGGUUACAGGACAACCAGAAAGAGACACCCCAAAGCCAGAAGCCAUUAGAGAUGAUACUGAACAAGACUCUGAAAAAAAUAAAUCUCAGCGGGAGCCACUAACAAGGGCACGGAGUGAGGAGAUGGGGAGGAUAAUACCAGGAUUGCCACUUGGUUGGGUCAAGUUUCUGGAGCCAGUCACUGGGACUUUUCGUUACUACCACACUCCAACAAAUACAGUUCACAUGUAUCCACCAGAAAUGACUCAGUCCGCCACUCCACCAUCGACCCCGCCAACACAUAAACCAAAGACUCAGGCUGUUGAUCAGCGAGAAAGGGAACAUUCCAAAUUGAAGCGCUCUUACUCCUCGCCAGACAUAACCCAGGCUAUUCAAGAGGAAGAGACAAAGAAAAUCACCGUCAAGCCUACUAUCAACCGUGAGAACAAACCAGUAAGCUAUCCUAAAACUGAAAUCUCAAGGCUCUCUGCGUCUCAGAUUCGUAAUCUCAACCCUGUAUUUGGCGGAAUGGGACCAGCUCUGACCGGCCUCCGUAAUUUGGGGAACACUUGCUAUAUGAACUCUGUGUUACAGUGCCUGUGUAAUGCACCACACCUGGCUGAUUAUUUCAACAGAAACUUGUAUCAAGAUGAUAUCAACCGGUCAAAUUUCUUAGGGCACAAAGGUGAAAUUGCUGAGGAGUUUGGCAUUAUCGUGAAAGCUCUCUGGACCGGACAAUACAGAUAUAUCAGUCCAAAAGAUUUUAAAUUUACCAUUGGGAAGAUCAAUGACCAAUUUGCAGGGUACAGCCAGCAAGACUCUCAAGAAUUGCUUCUGUUCUUAAUGGAUGGUCUACAUGAAGAUUUAAAUAAAGCUGACAACAGAAAACGUUACAAAGAAGAAAAUAAUGAUAAUCUGGAUGACUUCAAAGCGGCGGAACUUGCGUGGCACAAACACAAACUGCUCAAUGAAUCGAUUAUCGUUGCUCUCUUCCAAGGCCAGUUCAAAUCCACAGUUCAGUGUCUUACGUGUCACAAAAAGUCUCGGACCUUUGAGGCUUUUAUGCAUUUGUCCUUGCCACUUGCAUCUACCAGUAAAUGCACCCUACAGGAAUGCCUUAGAUUAUUCUCCAAAGAAGAAAAACUGACAGAUAACAAUAGAUUUCAUUGUAGUCAUUGCAAAACCCGAAGAGAUUCUUUGAAAAAAUUAGAAAUCUGGAAGCUGCCUCCUGUUUUGUUAGUGCACUUGAAGCGGUUUUCUUACGAUGGACGAUGGAAGCAAAAGCUUCAGUCAUCAGUGGACUUCCCAUUGGAAAACCUUGACUUAUCGCAAUAUGUUAUUGGCCCAAAGAGUAACUUGAAGAGAUAUAACCUGUUUGCAGUAUCUAAUCAUUACGGAGGGCUGGAUGGAGGACAUUACACAGCCUACUGCAAAAAUGCUGCCAAACAGCGAUGGUUUAAGUUUGAUGAUCAUGAAGUCUCGGACAUCUCUGCAUCCUCUGUGAAAUCCUCAGCUGCUUAUAUCCUCCUUUACACUUCUUUUGAACAGCGAACCGCCGAUAUAGCCACAUAAAGAAACAUUUGAAGAAUAUUGGUGUCUUUUUUGUAAAUGCAUCCUAUAAUGAGCUGAGCUGUGAUGAGUAAAAGGUCCGUUGCUGAGGAAGAUGUUUGCAGCGGUUUCUCAGCUGAGGUGUCUGUUAGUGCUAUUGCUUAGUCCAAAAAUUGUUAACUCUGCCGUUUAAUAAUAUGGAACAAUUAGUUUUGAAACCACUUAUUUUUAGUAAUGCUCCAAAAUGAUAAAUCUAGCUUAGCCCUUUUUAAAAGUCAUUAAUAUAUGGGUUUAAAAUGCCCCUGAACCCAACAAUAUCUUGUCUCCCACAUUUAUGCCUUUUCACACUAACCUUAAGCUACUGUGAAUAUCUUAGAAUGAUGUAAACAGGAAUGUAUGUGUACAUAUUGAUUGCAGACUUGCACAUGCAAAGUAUGUAUAUAAUAAAGGUAUGUGGUCCUUUGAGAACCACUAGAACAGAAAAGGGGUUGCUUUUGUUUUGUCUAGAAUAUCUUCAUUCUUACAGAUAAGAGCACAGCUGUAUUUUUUUGUUUGAGCUAUGGCAUUGAUAUCUGCACACCCUAAAAUGUAUAUAUUACAGAAUUGAUAUUUUCCUUUUUAAUAACUUAUUGAAGCAAUUAUUUGAAAAUACAAUGGCCUGUUAAAGAACUUCUUUGCCUGUUUUGGACACUUGACAAGUUUGGAUUUUCGGCUUUCCCUUACUCCUUGUGAAAAUAAUCCCAUCUAAAUCCCAAAGAGUGGUAUUAUGAUGGGAGGGCAGGCAAUGUUGCCCUGCGUGAGCCUUACUGGGUACACCUUGAGUGGAUGAAGGCAGUCACUGCCUGCUGUCAUUAGUUCUCCUCUUGACAGGGUCAUAAUUGGUCCAGCUUAUUAAUAACUUGUCUUGAGUGUCUGUUCCCCCUUUUAAGGCUUGUGGAUCUGUGUCCCUGGGUCUCAAAGGUCCGCUACAUAUAUGCAUUUGUAUAUAACCCAUUUAAAAUUAUAUUUCAUCUUGGAUUCUGUAAUAAUAAUAAAAAAACAACACUCCUUUAGA